AUGUCUCCUGCCGGGCCCUUCACGUUGGUCACUGUCAACACCGCUCCAGACCGGGCCAAGAGGUUGGUUGGCCGUGUUGUCGAAGACGUUAAGGAGAGAUAUACCAUUAUACAUGCUGCCAACGCAGCGAGCAUAGAGGAAGUAAAGAGGACAGUGGAGGAAGCACGGCCAAAUGUCCUUUUCACAGCUUCUAUGUGGACGCCCGAGGAGGCUCAACAAAUAAUUGCCAUCGCCAAGGAGGUCAUACCUGAUCUAAAGACAUUUUCGUUGCCACAGGGCUUGCAAGUAGAGAAGGGCCCGGAUGCGGUAGUUGAGUACAUCAAGGAGCAUCUCCCCAGUAUCCUAGACUAGAAUGGCAGGCAGAAUUUGGCAUCGAAGCCAGGCAGAAUUUGGGACUCUAAUUAAGUCAUGUCUUAUCUUGAGCUCGGGGUGUAUGAUGAACAUCAGAAGUGGGAAUUAACAAAACAGACAGACUCCCAAUUUGGAUUCAUUUCUCGUUUUGCAUCACGUUGUACAAGCUCCCAAUGUGCGGCAGAAUCUCCACCACAAACUCAUCCCCGUCGUGCAGGAACUCCUGCGGCUUCUUGGCGAAGCCGACCCCAGCCGGCGUGCCGGUGAUAAUGACGGUGCCCUUGGGCAGUGUAGUUCCCUGCGACAAGAAGCUUACGGUCUGGGCAACCGAGAAAAUCAGGUCACUAUUGAUUGAUACAGCGAGUCAGCACCACCAUUCAGCACGGGGUUAAGGGGGUAAGGGGGGUUGUAGAUCUCACGUCAACGGGCUCUCCUGCAUCACCUUCCCA